AGGAGUGGCUGGAUGGAACAGAUGUGGAGAGGAAGUUUUGUUAUGUUUAAAUGGUACCUGACAGGAGUCCACCUGCCUCUCCUAAUAGUAGGAAAGGUCCAGACAGAGACAGACACAGAAUCAGGAGCUACCCUACCUCGCAGUGCAGCAACCAGAACACCAGAGGUUCUGAAUGAAAAGUGCUGACUGGGCAGAUGGGGGCGGUGAGUUGUUACAUUUGCAUUUGAAUUUACUUCAGAACUUCCCUUACAGCCCAGACCCUGUGGCUAAUGGUGGGCUUGGGCUUCCAGACCACAGUGCCGGGAGUGGUGAUCGUGGUCUGGCAAGCCCUGAACAGGGGCCCAGGUCAUCCACACAGGGGUCAGUGGCCAGCGCCUUCCCUUCCGCCUGCAGGCUGCUGAUACGCAGGAGGAAAUCCUGGUGGGUUCCUGUGGGGGUGAGCUGGCGGGGCACUUUUAAGGCGACUGCCCAUCCCGCCUGCCUGUCCCGUGCCUGCCUCUUUGAGCUCAUUCCCCAGCUGCCGGCUGUUGCAACUUCUGUCCUGGACAGUAGCUCCCUGCCGACCAUGGCGGAGCCUCGGAGCCUCCUCCCGCUCUGCCUCCUCCUGGCCUUCUGCCUGGUGGGCUCCAGUGUUACCAGGGGGCAGAAGGUGCGGUCCAAACGUUGUGAUGUGAAGACCAAGUUUGUCACUCAUGUACCCUGCACCACGUGUGCUGCUAUCAAGAAGCAAAUGUGUCCCUCGGGCUGGUUUCGGCAUUUCCCACAGAAGAUAUCCCAGGAGUGCAAGUUCGAGGUACAGCUGGGGGACUCUUUAAUGUCCUUGAGUGGCUGCAGCCUGGAAUGCUGGAAGGAUGUGGUGCAGAAGGCCUGCUGCCCUGGUUACUGGGGGUCCGAGUGUUACGAAUGUCCUGGAAAUGCUGAGAACCCAUGCAAUGGGCACGGGACCUGCUUGGAUGGCAUGGCUGGGAAUGGGACCUGUGUGUGCCAGGAAAACUUCAGUGGCUCAGCCUGCCAGGAGUGCCGAGAUCCCCAGAGGUUCGGGCCUGACUGCCAAUCAGUGUGCAGCUGUGUGCACGGUGUGUGCAGCCGUGGCCCACUGGGGAAUGGAAGCUGCCUAUGCUUUGCUGGAUACACUGGCCCCCACUGUGACCAAGAGCUCCGCGUCUGCCAGGACCUGAACUGCCCCCCAAACUCCCAGUGCUCUAAGGAAGUCCCCACCUGCAGGUGCUUGCCAGGCUACACCAAGGAGGGCAGCAAAUGCCAAGCUCUCGACCCCUGCCAACCAUCACCCUGCUCCCCGCUGGCUAGAUGCGAAGUGAGCCCCACAGGGCAGGCCCAGUGUCACUGCCCUGAGAACUACCAUGGCGAUGGGAGUGUGUGUCUGCCCCAAGACCCUUGCACCACCAACUUUGGUGGCUGCCCCAGCAACUCCACCUUGUGUAUAUACCAGAAGCCAGGCAAGGCCAUCUGCUCAUGUCAACCAGGCCUGCUCAGCAUCAACCACAAUGCCUCUGCUGGCUGCUUCGCCUUCUGCUCCCGCCACUCCUGUGACCAAUCAGCCACCUGCCAGGUGACCCCUGAAGGGAAGACCAGCUGUGUAUGCAAGGAGGGCGAGGUAGGGGAUGGGCGUGCCUGCUAUGGACACCUGCUCCAUGAAGUGCAGAGGGCCAACCAGAUAGGCCUGGUGUUUCUGCGGCUGACAGUUGCCAUCGCCAUGCUGGAGCAGGGAUGCUUGGAGAUCCUCACCACAUCGGGCCCGUUCACUGUGCUGGUGCCAUCCCUCUCCUCCAGCUCCCCCAGCUCCUCCAGCUCCUCCCUCACCCCUCGGACCAUGAACGCGGCACUUGCCCAGGAGCUCUGCAGACAGCACAUCAUUGCAGGACAGCACAUCCUGGAGGACACAGGGACCCAGAACACACGCAGGUGGUGGACACUGGCCGGGCAGGAGAUCACUGUCACCUUCAACCGCCUGAGAUACACCUACAAGUACAAAGACCAACCCCAGCAGACAUUCAGCAUCCACAAGGCCAACUACAUAGCAGCCAAUGGUGUCUUCCAUGUUGUCACUGCCCUGCGGUGGCAGCCCCCACCCAGGCUCCCUGGCGACCCCAAGAAAACCAUUGACCAGAUCCUUGCCUCUACCGAGGCCUUCAGCCGGUUUGAAACCAUUCUGGAGAACUGUGGACUACCUUCCAUCCUGGAUGGGCCUGGGCCCUUCACAGUCUUUGUCCCGAGCAAUGAGGCUGUGGACAGCUUGCGUGAUGGUCGUCUGAUCUACCUCUUCACAUCAGGCCUCUCUAAACUGCAGGAGCUGGUGAGGUACCACAUCUACAACCACGGCCAGCUGACCGUGGAGAAGCUCAUUUCCAAGGGGCGGGUCCUCACCAUGGCAAACCAGGUCCUGGUUGUGAAUAUCUCUGAGGAGGGGCGCAUCCUUUUGGGACCUGAGGCAGUGCCUCUGAGGAGAGUGGAUGUGCCAGCUGCCAAUGGUGUGAUCCAUAUGCUGGAAGGCAUCUUGCUGCCACCAACCAUUCUGCCCAUCUUGCCCAAAAACUGUGACGAGGAGCAGUACAAGGUCGUCCUGGGCUCCUGUGUGGACUGCCAAGCCCUGAAUACCAGCAAAUGCCCCCCCAACAGUGUGAAGCUGGAAAUCUUCCCCAAGGAGUGUGUCUACACCCAUGACCCUACCGGGCUCAACAUGCUGAAGAAGGGCUGUGCUCACUAUUGCAACCAGACUAUCACAAAACGUGGCUGCUGCAAAGGGUUUUUUGGGCCUGACUGCACACAGUGUCCUGGGGGCUUCUCUAACCCCUGCUAUGGCAAAGGCAAUUGCAGUGAUGGGGUCCAGGGCAAUGGGGCCUGCCUCUGCUUCCCAGACUACAAGGGUAUCGCCUGCCAUAUCUGCUCCAACCCAAACAAGCAUGGAGACCAGUGCCAGGAAGACUGUGGCUGUGUCCAUGGCCUAUGUGACAACCGUCCAGGCAGUGGGGGUGUGUGUCAGCAUGGCACAUGUGCUCCUGGCUUCAGAGGCCGUUUCUGCAAUGAGUCUAUGGGGGACUGUGGGCCCAUGGGGCUGGCCCAGCUCUGCCACCGGCAUGCUCGCUGUGUUAGCCAGGCAGGCGUUGCCAGGCUCAAGGAGGCCCCUCCUUCACCUGCCCCCAGGUGUGUCUGCCUCAAUGGCUUCGACGGCGAUGGUUACUCUUGCACACGCAGCAACCCCUGCUCCCAUCCAGACCGCGGCGGCUGCUCACAGAACGCUGAGUGUGUCCCUGGGGACCUGGGCACCCACCACUGCACGUGCCACAAAGGCUGGAGCGGGGAUGGGCGCGUCUGUGUGGCCAUUGAUGAGUGUGUGCUGGACACUCGAGGUGGCUGCCACGCUGAUGCCCUCUGCAGCUAUGUGGGCCCUGGGCAGAGCCGGUGUACCUGCAAGCUGGGCUUUGCUGGGGACGGUUAUGAGUGCAGCCCCAUCGAUCCCUGCCGUGUGGGCAACGGUGGCUGCCAUGGCCUGGCUACCUGCAAGGCAGUAGGAGGAGGUCAACGAGUCUGCACAUGUCCCCCUCGUUUUGGGGGUGAUGGCUUCAGUUGCUAUGGAGACAUCUUCUGGGAACUGGAGGCCAAUGCUCACUUCUCUGCCUUCUUCAAGUGGUUCAAGAGUGCUGACAUCACUCUUCCUGCUGACAGCCGAGUCACAGCCCUUGUGCCUUCUGAGUCUGCCAUCCGCAGGCUGAGCCCCGAGGACCAGGCCUUCUGGCUGCAGCCGAAAAUGCUGCCAAACCUGGUCAGGGCCCAUUUUCUCAAGGGUACCUUUUCUGAGGAGAAGCUGGCCAGUUUGAGUGGGCAGGAAGUGGACACCCUAAGCCCUACCACACACUGGGAGAUUCGCAACAUCAGUGGGAGAGUCUGGGUACAGAAUGCUAGCGUGGAUGUAGCUGACCUCCUGGCCACCAACGGUGUCCUACAUAUCCUCAACCAGGUCUUGCUGCCCCCACGAGGGGAUGUGCAGACUGGGCAGGGGUUGCUGCAGCAGCUGGACCUGGUACCUGCCUUCCGCCUCUUCCGGGAGCUGCUGCAGCACCACAAGCUGGUGGCCCAGAUCGAGGCCGCCACUGCCUAUACCAUCUUUGUGCCCACAAACAGCUCCCUGGAGGCCCAGGGCAACAGCAGCAGCCUGGAUGCAGAUGCAGUACGACACCAUGUGAUCCUGGGGGAAGCACUCUCCAGGGAAACCCUGAGCAAGGGGGGACACCGCAACUCCGUCCUGGGCCCAGCUCACUGGCUCGUUUUCUACAACCACAGUGGUCAGCCUGAAGUGAACCAUGUGCCGAUAGAAGGCCCCUUGCUAGAGGCCCCUGGCUGCUCGCUAUUUGGUCUGUCGGGGGUCCUGACCGUGAGCUCAAGUCGCUGCCUACACAGCCAUGCAGAGGCCUUGAGGGAGAAAUGCAUAAACUGCACCCGGAAAUUCCGCUGCACUCAGGGCUUCCAGCUACAGGACACACCCAGGAAGAGCUGUGUCUACAGAUCUGGCAUCUCUUUCUCUAGAGGCUGUUCUUACACCUGUGUCAAGAAGAUUCAGGUGCCCGACUGCUGCCCCGGAUUCUUUGGCAUGCUGUGUGAGCCGUGCCCAGGGGGUGUGGGAGGUGUGUGCUCAGGCCACGGGCAGUGCCAGGACAGGCUCCUGGGCAGUGGGGAGUGCCGCUGCCAUGAGGGCUUUCAUGGAACGGCCUGUGAGAUGUGUGAACUGGGCCGCUACGGGCCUACCUGCACUGGAGGUGAGGCUUGGGAAGGGAAGCAUGGUGGUGCCUUGGAGAGCAGAGCAGACUGGACAUCCUGGCAGGGGCAGGGGUUAGGCAUGGCGUUAACCCUUUCCUGUCUUAUCCCACUCACAGUGUGUGACUGUGCCCACGGGCUGUGCCAGGAGGGCCUGCGAGGUGAUGGGAGUUGUGUCUGUAACGUGGGCUGGCAGGGUCUCCACUGUGACCAGAAAAUCUCUAGCCCUCAGUGUCUCAAGAACUGUGACCCUAAUGCCAACUGUGUACAGGACUCGGCUGGAGCUGCUGUCUGCAUCUGUGCUGCAGGAUACUCAGGCAACGGCAGCUACUGUUCAGAGGUGGACCCUUGUGCCCAUGACCAUGGGGGUUGCUCCCCUCAUGCCAACUGCACCAAGGUGGCACCUGGACAGCGGACGUGUACCUGCCGUGAUGGCUACACAGGCGAUGGGCAGCUGUGCCAGGAAACUAAUGCCUGUCUCAUCCACCAUGGGGGUUGCCACAUUCAUGCUGAUUGCAUCCCUACAGGACCUCAGCAGGUCUCCUGCAGCUGCCGCGAGGGCUACAGUGGUGAUGGCAUUCAGACCUGUGACCUUCUGGACCUCUGUUCCCAGAAUAAUGGAGGCUGCAGCCCUUAUGCCGUGUGCAAAAGUUCAGGGGAUGGCCAGAGGACAUGCACCUGUGACACAGCCCACACUGUGGGAGACGGAUUCACCUGCCGUGCCCGAGUUGGCCUGGAACUCCUUCGGGACAAGCAUGCCUCAUUCUUCAGCCUCCACCUCCUGGAAUACAAGGAGCUCAAGGGUAAUGGGCCUUUCACAAUCUUCGUACCGCAUGCAGAUCUGAUGACCAACCUGUCACAGGACGAGCUGGCUAGGAUUCGUGCGCAUCGUCAGCUUGUGUUUCGCUACCAUGUGGUUGGCUGCCGGCAGCUUCGGAGCCAGGAGAUGCUGGAUGAGGGAUAUGCCACAGCACUCUCAGGACACUCACUGCGCUUCAGCGAGAGGGAGGGCAGCAUAUACCUCAAUGACUUUGCUCGCAUAGUGAGCAGCGACCAUGAGGCAGUGAAUGGUGUCCUGCACUUCAUUGACCGUGUCCUGCUGCCACCAGAUGUACUACACUGGGAGGCUGACGCUACCCCAGCUCCUCGGAGAAAUGUGACUAUGGCAGCGGAGAGCUUCGGGUACAAGAUCUUCAGCCACCUUGUGACGACGGCUGGCCUCCUGCCUAUGCUUCGAGAUGCUUCCCAUCAGCCCUUCACAAUGCUGUGGCCCACAGAUUCUGCCCUGCAAACCCUACCUCCUGACCGGCAGGCCUGGCUGUACCAUGAGGACCACCGUGACAAGCUGUCAGCCAUUCUGCGGGGCCAUGUGAUACGCAAUGUUGAGGCUUUGGCAGCUGAUUUACCCAACCUGGGCCCACUCCGAACCAUGCACGGGACUCCCAUCUCCUUCUCCUGCAGUCGGGUCCGGCCAGGUGAGCUUAUGGUGGGCGAGGAUGACGCCCACAUUGUGCAGCGGCACUUGCCCUUUGAAGGUGGCCUGGCCUAUGGCAUUGACCAGCUGCUGGAGCCACCUGGCCUUGGUGCUCGCUGUGAUCGCUUUGAGACCCGGCCACUGCGACUGAAGACUUGUAGCAUCUGUGGGCUGGAGCCGCCCUGUCCUGAGGGAUCGAAGGAGCAGGGCAGCCCUGAGGCCUGCUGGCGCUACUACUCCAAGUUCUGGACAACCCCUCCUCUGGGUUCCUUGGCACUUCGCAGUGUGUGGGUACGGCCCAGCCUCUGGAGCCAGCCCCAACGCCUGGGCAGGGGCUGCCACCGCAACUGUGUCACCACUAACUGGAAGCCCAGCUGCUGUCCUGGUCACUAUGGCAGUGACUGCCAAGCUUGCCCUGGUGGUCCCAGCAGCCCCUGCAGUGACCAUGGUGUGUGCCUGGAUGGUAUGAGUGGCAGUGGGCAGUGUCAGUGCCGUUCAGGUUUUGCUGGAACAGCCUGUGAACUCUGUGCCCCGGGUGCCUUUGGACUCCAUUGCCAAGCCUGCCGCUGCAGUUCCCAUGGUCACUGUGAUGACGGCCUUGGAGGCUCUGGCUCCUGUUUCUGUGAUGAAGGCUGGACUGGGCCACACUGUGAGGUGCAGCUGGAGCUGCAGUCUGUGUGCACCCCACCCUGUGCACCCCAGGCCAUGUGUCGUGCGGGCAACAGCUGUGAGUGCAGCCUGGGCUAUGAAGGUGAUGGCCGUGUGUGCACAGGUAAGCAGGUGGCUGUGCAGGUGGGAGGGCUACUGACCUCCUCAGUCACUUGGUUCAGCCACUCCUUCCUGCCCCCAGUGGUGGACCUGUGCCAGAAGGGGCAUGGCGGCUGCAGUGAGCAUGCCAACUGUAGCCAAGUAGGCACAGUGGUCACCUGUGCUUGUCUGCCCAACUAUGAGGGUGAUGGCUGGAACUGCCGGGCCCGGAACCCCUGCUUGGACAGCCACCGUGGGGGCUGCAGUGAACAUGCUGACUGUCUGAACACUGGCCCGAACACACGGCGCUGUGAGUGCCAUGUAGGCUACGUGGGUGACGGACUGCAGUGUCUGGAGGAGCCUGAGCCACCCGUGGACCGCUGCCUGGACCAGCCACCACCCUGCCAUGCGGAUGCCGUGUGCACAGACCUACAUUUCCAGGAGAAGCGGGCAGGUGUCUUCCACCUCCAGGCCAGCAGUGGCCCUUAUGGCCUGACCUUCUUAGAGGCUGAGGUGGCAUGUGGGACCCAGGGAGGUGUCCUUGCUACACUUCCUCAGCUGUCUGCUGCCCAGCAGCUGGGCUUCCACCUCUGCCUCGUGGGCUGGCUGGCCAAUGGUUCUGCUGCCCACCCUGUCGUCUUUCCUGCAGCAGACUGUGGUGAUGGUCGGGUAGGUGUAGUCAGCUUGGGUGUCCGUAAGAACCUCUCAGAGCAUUGGGAUGCCUACUGCUACCGUGUGCAAGAUGUGGCUUGCAGUUGUCGGGUCGGUUUUGUGGGUGAUGGAAUCAGCGUGUGCAAUGGGAAGCUGCUUGACGUGCUGGCUGCCACUGCCAACUUCUCCACCUUCUAUGGGAUGCUACUGAGCUAUGCCAACGCCACCCAGCGGGGUCUCGACUUCCUGGACUUCUUAGAUGAUGAGCUCACCUACAAGACACUCUUUGUCCCUGUUAAUGAAGGCUUUGUAGACAAUACGACACUGAGUGGCCCAGACCUGGAGCUGCAUGCUUCCAAUGCUACCUUCCUGAGCGCCAAUGCCAGCCAGGGGACCUUGCUCCCUGCCCAUUCAGGUCUCAGCCUUAUCAUCAGUGACUUGAGCCCCGAGAACAGUUCUGGGGCCCUGGUGGCCCCAGGAGCAGUUGUGGUUAGCCAUGUCAUCAUGUGGGACAUCAUGGCUGUCAAUGGUAUCAUCCAUGUUCUGGCCAGCCCCCUCCUCGCACCCCCACAGACCGGGGCAUUUCUGGCACCUGAGGCUCCACCUGUUGCAACAAGUGUGGGGGCUGUGGUAGCUGCUGGAACACUGCUUGGGUUGGUGUCUGGAGCCCUCUACCUGCGUGCCCGAAGCAAGCCUGCAGGCUUUGGCUUCUCUGCCUUCCAGGCAGAAGAUGAUGCUGAUGAUGACUUCUCUCCGUGGCAACAAGGGACUAGCCCAACCCUGGUCUCUGUCCCCAACCCUGUCUUUGGCAGCCAUGAUGCCUUUUGUGAGCCUUUCGAUGACUCGCUCAUGGAGGAGGACUUCCCUGAUACCCAGAGAAUCCUUGCAGUCAAGUGAGCAAUGGCACAUGGACGAAGAAGACCACUUUUAUUGCUUGUCUCAUGGUUGCCCAGAGUGGAUGCCACUGGAGGAACUGAGGGGGUUUGUCAUGGACAAUAAAGGUGCCUUCAGCGGAUG